GAACUCUGAUGAUCUUCAAUGGGAAUCAUUUAAUUUAUAAUUAAACUAAUAACAUUCUUUAAAUACUCAAGUUUUUUCCUUUUCGUACUUCAUUUUGCAUCUUUAUGGUGAGGACAGCUUUUUCUCAAUCCAACCAUUUUUUCUAUUUACUUGCAGAUCUGUUUUCUGUACAGAAAAAAUUAUAUUGGUUUUGAAGCUUUAUGUUUUCAAGAAUUUAAGGACGGAUAGAAAGCACAGUGAAUAAAGAAAACUACACUGGAACUUCUCAGAGGAGGAUAUGAGCAUAUUGGGCUACUUCGGAAAGGAAAUUUAAAUAUACCCACCAAAAAGACGUUUGAUUUUGGAAUUGGAUAUUGGUCUGCAAAGAAAUCUAAAGAGCCCGUUAAAGGGAUAUUUGAUUUUUAAAUUGGGUAUUGAAUCAGAUGGCAUCCAAGCAGAUUGCCGUUGUUAUGCAGAAGAAUUUUGGAAGGAUUGGAACAGUAUUGAUAUAUGCAGUUCUCGAAUGGGCGCUGAUCUUGUUGUUGAUCAUUGGUGCUUUGCUGUCUUAUUUUACUAGAAAGUUUGCAGAGUAUUUUGGGCUCCACCCUCCUUGUCUUUGGUGUAACAGACUCGAUCAUGUUCUGGAUAAUCAAGAACCUGGAUUUUAUAGAAAACUGGUAUGUGACCAACAUGCCAGAGAGAUUUCUUCUCUGGGUUAUUGCCAUGCUCAUAAGCAUCUGUCUGAUGUUCAAGGUAUGUGUGAAGAUUGUUUGCUUUCCUUUGCUGAAGAGACUAAACCUAGUUUGUGUACAUAUAAGGGGGAAUUGGAUGUGGAUCUUGAGGGUAUCGUUCAUGGUGGCACUCAGUUGGGUCUAGAGAAGGAUUAUCACCCGGAUAAGAAAAAUGAGGGGGUUUGUCUGGCCAAUCACGAGGGUGAAAAUGAUCAUUGGGUUCACAGGGUUGAGGAAAACAAAAAUGAAAUCAAUGUGAAUUCCCAGAUGGAGGGAAAAGAAUUGGGGGAAUUGAGUACUGAAUGGAUAUCAGAUGGCGUUUGUUCAUGUUGCAAGACCCCAUUAAAGAGAAGCAGACUGUUAUUGGACAGGUUGGUUAGGAUUCCUUAUGUACAAGGGCAGAAUGGGGUUGGUUCGCCCCUUCCGAAGGCGGUGGUAGGCUUUGCCGAGGGUGUUGACAGGGAAGAAGUUCUGAUGAGAUCAGUGGAGUAUCCCGAGGCUAUCUUGCAGGAAUGCAGCAGCUUAAAGCCUGAGGACGAAGGGAUUGAAGCCGAAGGAAUUGAUUUGAGGUGGACUCCAUUGGGCCAUAUUGCAUAUACAGAGCUUAAAGAUACAUCGGAUGACUCUGCAUCGGAACGAGCAUCCUCUGAGGUAGGUGUAGAAGUUGCAAAAGCAUACAGUGGACAGGGUUUGCAAGGAUUGGAUUCACAAGUAGAGGUAAUCUCUGAUAGUCUGCUGCAAGGUUUAGUUCACGAUAUGGUUUCAGAUGUGGAGAAUUUCUGUCUUGGUGUAGCGCCUGAUGUGCCUAUCUUGGAAAACAAGAUGGAAGCUCACAAAAAUGAAUUUUUUGAAGAAUUUUGUGAGAGGUCAGUCGGGAAGGUUGAUUCCCAAACCAUAAACAAGAGUGAAUCUCACAAAAAAUACUGUGUGGAAGAAUUUUUUGAGAGUCCAGUUGCGGAGGUUGAUCUUCAAACCAUACUAAACAUUGAUUCAAUGAAUGCCAAAUCAGAAACUGCGCUUGUGGAUACAUAUGUUUCUCCUGAAAAUAUUUCAACAAGCAUGUUUGGGUUUACCGUAUUGGGCACAGAUGGACAGGUAUGUGAUUCAGUAAGCCAUCAGAUCGUGGAAAAUUUGUGUGAACCCACAGAGUUACCUCAUAAAACUGUGGAAAUUAUCCCAUCUUCUGAGGAAGUCUUGAUUAUUUUGGAUGAGCCAAUAAACAAAGAAAUUUCUAUGGAGGGCUCAUCUUCAGAAGGCAUUGUUUCUCUAGGCUAUGGUCUUGGAGAGCUUGAGUGGAAUGGGAUUUCAGAAAAUGGGCAUCUUUCAUCAGUUUCAGCUAUUGAGUUGAAGGAGGAGCCCACUGAGAUUGUUCAUGCUGAACCAACUUCUUAUCCAAAGGAUGUUCUCGAAGCUAACAAGGUUUGUUUUGGAACAGAGGUUUUGAAACCAGUUUUAUCCUUAGAAGUGAAAGGAACAUCUGACCAAAUUGAAUCUGUUGGAGGUCCUGCUUCACAAGUAGCACAAGAAGAUUUUGGAAGAGAGAGUUUAAAUGGAUCUGAAAAUAUUGAAGCCAAUGAAAGUAAGGUUGAACUGAAUAGCAUGGGUAUGAAUCCCUUUAGGGAGGAGGAAGCAAACAAACCUCAGGAAGAGGUCAAAUUAUCGCCAGGGCGCUUUUAUGCAAAAGAUUUAAAUCGGAUUGAUUCCCUUACUAGCCAUGGUAUGGUGGUAGGUAUGAGUACUGUAGAUGAGUAUAGACCUCCUGAAACUCCGAGGUUUAUUGAAGGUUUGCAUAUGCUGCAUAAGAGGGCAUCAAUUGAUAGAAAUGAUUCUGGUUUUGACUCUAUGGAUGGAAGCAUUCUGAGUGAAUUGGACGGUGAAAGCACUGUUGAUCGUCUGAAAAGGCAUCUGGAGCAAGAUCGGAAGUCUCUUCAUACUCUUUACUCAGAAUUAGAAGCAGAGAGAAAUGCCUCUGCUAUUGCUGCAAACCAGGCCAUGGCCAUGAUCACACGUCUACAAGAGGAGAAAGCAGCAAUGCAAAUGGAGGCAUUACAAUACCAAAGGAUGAUGGAUGAGCAAGCAGAAUAUGAUCAAGAAGCUUUGCAACUAUUGAAUGAAGUCCUUGUUAAAAGAGAGAAGGAAAUUAAAGAUUUGGAGAAGGAGGUUGAACUUUACAGAAAGAAAUUCCAUCUCGAGGCAGCAAAGAAAAGAAAAGAUAAAAGAAAAGGGGCUUUGAGUAAAAAGUCUGGAAAUCAUUUAGAAACAGAAAGAAAUGAGGAGGAUUCAGAACAACAUCUUAUUGAUCAGUUCAGCAAACUAAAGACUUCUUCUGUCUCAUCCUCGAGUGAAGACACAGAUGAAAGUUCCUCAAGUGUCCAUGAAGUUGAGGAGGAUAUUGAUUUCCAUCAAAAUAAUCAAAGUCUGGAAUUGACAAUUAGUGCAAGUGGGGUCCAUGAAGAUCAGCAACUUGAGGAUAGCUUGGAUGAAUCAAUGGUUGAUCUUGAAGAGGAAAGGCUUUCUAUUCUAGAGCGGUUAAAAAGCUUACAGGAGAAGCUUCACACAUUGGCAGAUGACGGAGAUUCUGAAAUUGGUAUGCAAGUAAAAGAAGUUUCUGACAUUGGUUUGGUACAUCGGGAAGAAAAUGCAGAGACACAGGACCAUUAUGAUGUGAUAUCAGAUGAAAACAGAUCAUGUUACCUGGCAACUGGAGAAAAUUCAUCCAUUGAAGAGAAGAUUAAUGGCAACGAGAAAUGUUUACCUAUAAAUGAUUCGAGAGGAAUGUGCGAUGAACUAAAAGAAAUGCAAUGGGAUAAAGAAUCUCAGAAAAGAAUUACUGUAGGCAAGGUAGAUCCGUCAAUUGACAUAAAGGCAUGCACUCCAAGAAAAUCAGGUGUUGUGAAGGGCAAGAGGCUUCUUCCUUUGUUUGAGGCUGCAAGCUUUGAAGAUGAAAUUGAAGAAUCAUAUAAUACAGAAGCAUCCUAUUUUGCAGGCCUGUCUAAUGACUGGCGCAGCUUUUCCAUGAUUGCUAGAGACAAUAAUCGUUUCGCCAUUGAAGAAGAAGUGCAUCAUCUUAAUGAUAGGUUGCAAGCUCUUGAAGCUGAUAGAGAAUUCAUGAGGCACAGUAUCAAAUCAUUAAGGAAAGGUGAUGAGGGUAUGAAAUUGCUUCAGGAAAUUGCUCAACACCUGCGGGAGCUCAGGAGGGUAGAAAUGAGGGCUAGUAAUACCAAUGACUCCUGUGUGCAGCAGAAUGCAGUUUUUGUUUCCUUGACAGAGGGAAACGGAAUGAUAACUAUGCAACCUCAUUAUUGAAUCAGUUAGCUAUGGUAAGUUUAACAGCUAAUCUGUGCUAUGGGAAGUCUAAAUAUUUAUCUUCCUUCAAAACCUUAUCGGUAGGAACUUAGGAUGGAAUUUAUGGCAGUAAGGAGCUUGAUUAUGUGUAAUGAGUAAACAACUGGUGUUUACAUCACCUAGUUGAGGAAUGACCCUACCGGGUAUUGUAUCCUCUUGUAUAACAUAGUACCAGAUGGAGAUUAAUUUCAGCAUCCCAUGUCAAGAGUUUUUUGUUUUUGACAUGCUGGCAGCGUUUUCUAUCUUGCAAGUCUUGCAAGUUUUGUGUGAAGCCAUCAACAACCGAUGGCAAAGAUGGGUCUAAUUUUUUUUUUUGUGGCUCAAUCAUUUUUUUUUAUAUAAUGGGUUACCAAACCAUCAUUGAUGAUGACGGUGUCCCUAUGUCUGUGAUGUUGUGUCUACAUCAAGAAGUCACCUAUCAGGAUCCAUUGGCUGUAUACAUGUAAUAUUCUGGGUAUGCAACAGCCGAUUUGUUUAUUUUUUAAGUUUUUGAGGGGUGUUUGUAAUUGAUUCCAACUUCUUGUAAUAAAGGCUGUAUUUUUGGCAGA